CAAGCGAACAGUUCACUGGCUAAAGUAGCCGCUCUCUAUUACUAGUGUAAACAAGAUCAAUUUCACACCAAAUUAUACUAUUUAAAUCGAGUGAAAAAAAGUUUUCCCACAAGAGUUACUCAUACGCCGUGUGCUCAGCAAAUAAACCCAUUAAUCAUCGUAUUAUAAUUACUGCUGGUGUUUAUCUCCAUUUCGGCAACUCUUUGCUCAGCCGGCACCUUUAAUACGCGCCCCGCAUUUCCUGUGCAAACCGGUCAGAUACAGCCGUCGAGUGGUAACAGCAAGCAGCCAGGUCGUCGCGUCAUGCAUCCCGCAUUUGCCAAUGCCGGCCGUACUCCUGGCCUGGAGAUCUGGCGCAUCGAGAAUUUCGAACCCGUGCCAUAUCCCAAGAACAAUUAUGGCAAAUUCUUCACUGGCGACUCUUUCAUUAUUCUAAAUACCAUUGAAAACCAAAAAGACAAAAAACUUACUUGGGAUAUUCACUUCUGGCUGGGUUCAGAGACUUCCACCGAUGAGGCUGGCGCAGCUGCUAUUCUCACCGUGCAAUUGGAUGAUCUGUUGAACGGUGGCCCAGUGCAGCAUCGCGAGGUACAGGAUCAUGAGUCGCAGCUGUUCCUUGGCUACUUCAAGAAUGGUGUGCGCUAUGAGCAGGGUGGAGUUGGAACCGGCUUCAAGCAUGUGGAGACGAAUGCUCAGGGCGAGAAGCGUCUGUUCCAGGUCAAGGGCAAGCGCAAUGUGCGUGUGCGCCAGGUGAAUCUUUCGGUGUCCUCGAUGAACAAGGGCGACUGCUUCAUUCUGGAUGCUGGCAACGAUAUCUAUGUCUAUGUGGGCGCUCAGGCCAAGCGCGUUGAGAAGCUGAAGGCAACCAGCGCCGCCACCCAGAUUAGAGAUCAGGAUCACAAUGGACGUGCUCGUGUGCAGAUCAUCGAUGACUUCAGCACAGAGGCCGACAAACAGCAGUUCUUCGAUGUGCUGGGCUCUGGCUCGCCCGAUCAAGUGCCCGAGGAGUCUUCGGCCGAUGAGGAUGGCGCCUUUGAGCGCACCGAUGCCGCCGCCGUGACGCUCUACAAGGUGUCGGAUGCCAGCGGUAAACUGCAGGUGGACACCAUUGGCCAGAAACCGUUGAGCCAAUCGAUGCUCGAUACACGCGAUUGCUUCAUUCUCGACACUGGCUCUGGCAUCUUUGUCUGGGUGGGACGUGGCGCCACACAGAAGGAGAAGACCGAUGCCAUGGCCAAGGCACAAGAGUUCUUGCGCACCAAGAAAUAUCCCGCCUGGACGCAAAUACAUCGCAUCGUUGAGGGCGCCGAGUCGGCACCAUUUAAGCAGUACUUCGCCACCUGGCGCGAUGCUGGCAUGGCACACACUCGUCUCAUUCGCUCCGCCUUGAGUAUUGGCUCCGACGAAUCGCUGGAUGAGGAUGAAAUCGAUUCGGCGGUGCAGAAACUGAAGAAGAGCGGCGGUCGUGCAAUUGGUUUCAUGCCCGAUCAUGGACAGAACCCCAUCAGGGUGAUCACACAAUACGUGCAGGAUCCUAACAGCAAGGAGGUGGCCACUCACACCGUACCCUACGCCGAGAAUACGCCACUCUUGGGCUUCGCCUCCUAUGUGCUGACCUACAACUUUGAGGCCAACAACGGUGAAACUGGCACCAUUGUCUAUGUCUGGCAGGGUGCCAAGGCUGGCCAAGCAGCCAAGGCGCAAGCUUUAAGAGAAGGCUUGUCGCAGGCUAAGAGCCAUGCAGAUGCUGGAGACAGUGCUCCCUAUGUGAUCACCCAUCAAGGACACGAACCUCGCCACUUCUACAAGAUCUUCAAGGGCAAGUUGGUGGCUUCGUACACAGCUCUGCCAAUCAGCGCACAACUCUACCGCAUUCGCGGCACCGUUGAGAGCGAUAUUCAUGCCAGUGAAGUGCCAGCCGAUAGCUCAUCGUUGGCUUCGGGCGACGCCUUUGCUUUGGCUUCCACCAAGACACACAAGGUGUUCAUCUGGAAUGGUCUGGGUGCCUCUCAGUUUGAGAAGGAUGCGGCCAAGGAACGCUUUGCCCACUAUUGGCCCGAUUCGGAAGUCGAGAUCAUUGAGGAGGGUGCCGAACCAGAAGAGUUCUGGGAUGAACUCAACGGCGAGGGACAGUAUGAUCGCAGUCUGGAGGAUCGCUCGGCGCCAUUGCUUGAGCCACGUCUCUUCCACUGCCGCCUGUCUCCUCGUGGACGUGUCAAGGUCGAGGAGGUGGCUCAAUAUCAACAAGAAGAUCUCGAUACUGACGAUGUGAUGCUGCUGGAUGCUGGCGAUGAGAUCUACGUGUGGGUUGGCUCGGGCGCCACCGAGGAGGAGAACGCCAAGAUCUUAGAUAUGGUCGAGCGUUACAUCGAUGUGGAGCCCACCGAGCGCACCAUGGACACCGUGACCAUUGUGCGCAUCUCUCAGGGCUUGGAGCCGCGUUCGUUCAAGCGCAUGUUCCCCAGCUGGGAGGAGGAGUUAUGGAAGAAUCAGCCUUCUUACGAGGAACUCAGACAGCAAGUUUUGGAUGCCAACAAUGAGGUCUAAGCUCCUGCACACGAUGCUAGAAUACUCAGCAAAAUUGACCAAAAAUCUAUGUUCGUUUUUGCCUUACAUACAAAAAUAACAACUCUUAAACAAUAUAAAUGUAAUCUAAUUGUAUAUUAAAUGAAAAUGUUUUUUAUGGAAUUUGAUAAUAACAA